UCUGUAAGAAACACGGAGAUGUUAUGCUGCGUUCACGCCUUAUCGUUAUUACCGUAAUUUCGAGAUGACAACACGUGACGUCCUCGGACUCGGAGUUAUGUUUUUUUACGGCAACACUAUCAACGCCUAAACAGAGCCUGCGGUCAGUGCGGUGGUCAGGUGGUACAGCGGUCACGAGGCACAAGUCGUAGCUCUCAGAAAACUCCUGGUUCACAAAUUCUAAAUACGAGUUCUACGAGGACGUGAACGCUUUUUACAAGUUGGAAUCUCGUAAUUGCGGGAAUUCUAAUAUGGCAUGAAGUUAUGGCAUUUUAGUCCCGUCUGAAUUGGUAGCCUACAUGAAAAUCGCAGACGUCAGGUGAUCAGAAUCGAAACUCAAACUUAGUUUGGAAAACAAGUCCCGAAGACGGCAGCAUCUGUGUUUGUGUGAUUUUCGUGGUAAUAUUUGAAACCACUCAGAAAGUGAAAUUUAGUUUGCUGAAGCGCUCAAAUCGUGAAAAUGGAUUCAUUCUCUGUAAACGAAAUUUCUUGUCCGAUUUGCUGUGAAAUCUUCAAGGCUCCUGUUCUUCUGUCGUGUAGUCACAGUUUCUGUGAGGAGUGUCUUCAACACUUCUGGAGGACCAAGAACACUAGGGAGUGUCCUAUCUGCAGGAGAAGGUCCUCAAGAGAUGAUCCUCCAUGCAAUCUUGUGUUAAAAAACUUGUGUGAGUCGUUCCUGAAGGAGAGGAGAAAUAAGAGGCGUUUAUCAGGGUCUGAGGAGGCCUGCAGUUUACACAGUGAGAAAUUCAAGCUCUUCUGUCUGGAGGACAAACAGCCUGUGUGUUUAGUGUGCAGAGAUUCACAAAAACAUGUCAAUCACACAUUCAGACCCAUCAAUGAAGUAGUUUCAUCUCGUAAGGAGGAGCUGAAGUCCUUACAAGAUAAACUUAAAUGCAGAGAAAAAUUUAAAGAAGAUUGUGUGAAAACACUUCAGCACAUUCAGUCUCAAGCGGAGCACACAGAGCAUCAGAUUAAACUGGAGUUUGAGAAGCUUCAUCAGCUUCUCAGAGAUGAAGAACAAAUUGCAAUCACUGCGUUGAGGGAGGAACAGGAGCAGAAGAAUCAGAUGAUGCAGGAGAAGUUUGCAGAGAUCAACGAGCACAUCUCAGCUCUUUCACACACAAUCAGAGACUUGGAGAAGAUGUUGAAUGCCAACGAAGUCUUGUUUCUAAAGAACUUUCCAGACGCGAUGAAAAGAGUCCAGAGCGUACAGUCGGAUCCACAGCUGGCUUCUGGAGCUUUGAUUAAUGUGGCACAUUACUUGGGCAACCUGCCGUUCAGAGCCUGGAAGAAGAUGCAAGAUGUUGUCCAAAACACUCCUGUAAUUCUGGACCCGAACACGGCUCAUCCAGAUCUCCACUUGUCUGAUGAUUUGACCAGUCUUGUGUGCAGUGCUAACAGUCCAGCGCUUCCUGCUAAUCCAGAGAGAUUCGACGAGCAUUGCUGUGUUCUGGGUUCAGAGGGGUUUAACUCAGGAACACACUGCUGGGAUGUGGAUGUCAAAGAGAGCUCCUCCUGGAGUCUUGGAAUAACUAUGGCAUCAAACCAGAGGAAGGGAUAUGAUUUCUUUGACAGUGGUGUGUGGAGCGUGCAGCACAGACUGUUUGAAGAGUCUGGUCUUCCUGUCGUGCAAAAGCUGGAGCGGGUGAGAGUUCAGCUGGACUAUGACAGAGGAACGGUGUCCUUCUCUGAUCCUGUAAGUAACACAAAUCUAUACACGUUCACAACCACCUUCACUGAGACAGUCUUUCCAUUCUUUUAUAGCUUUUCUCAUCUGAGGAUCUUAUAGUUGAAGUGUUUGUAGAAGUUUUGUGUGGUGAUUUGGUAGAUUGGCUCCUCAAAGGAACUUAACUAGAUAAUUGUUUUCACUGCCUUUUUAGUAAUGUGUGUUUAUGUAUAUGUUGACAUAUAAUUAAAUAAAUGUCACAUUUCUAUCA